GUUAUUGUUGGUACUCCAGCUGCUUUCUCACCACCAUGUUCAGAACAACAUUUACCAGGAUACGUUACUGGUUUGAGAGAUUUCUCUAGCAAAGGUGCUAAAAUCAUCGUCUUGAGUAAAGAUAACUUAUUUGCAAACUAUGCUUGGGCUCAAAAAUUUGGUGUUUCUGACAAACAAGAUCAAAUCAUCUUUGCAAGUGAUACCAAUUUGAAAUUCUCCAAGGGUGUCGGUCUAUCUACUACUGAAUUUGACCCAUUAGGUGAAGUUGCAGCUAGAUAUGCCAUUGUCGUGAAGGAUAGUGUCAUCACUUAUGUUGCCAAAGAGAAGGCAAUCAGUGAAGUUACUGUUUCUAGUGCUGAAAAGGUUUUGAAUGAAUUAUAA